AUGUCAUUGAAUCGGUUCAAGAGCUUAACUACUUUCAUCCGUUUCGAUAACAGUGGUACUCGUGCUGAGAGGUUGAAGCAAAGCAAAACUGCUGCCCUGGACGAUGUAUGGCUCAUGCUGAUGGCCAAUUUAGAGAAAGCAUACACUCCUGAUUGUCAUGUAACCGUCGAUGAACAGUUAUUUCCAUAUCGUGGGCGCACUCGAUUCACCCAAUAUAUUCCGAGUAAGCCGGCAAAAUAUGGCAUGAAAGUGUGGUGGAUUUGUGACUCUGUUUCAAACUACCCUUUGAAAGGUAUAAUUUAUACUGGAAAACCACCAGGUGACCAGCGAGAAACGAAUCAAGGUGAACGGGUCGUCAUGAAAUUGAUGCAAAAUUAUAUGGACAGCGGUAGGACUGUUUAUGCUGACAAUUUUUUUUCAACAUACAACUUGGCAGAAAUGUUGAUGAAUCGUAGAGUGGCUUUUGUCGGUACCGUAAGUAAAAAUAAGACCCUCAUUCCGCAUGAAUUGCUUAACCCGAAGUGUGAUGUUAAAAGCACUUUAUUUUGUUAUCACAAUAAUAAUAUCGGUCUGUGCUCGUAUAUGGCAAAGCCGAAAAAGCCAGUAAUUAUGUUAUCCACUGCCCAUUACCGUCAAAGCACCGAUCCAUUGAAAGGAUUCAAGCCAGAUCAAAUUUUGGACUACAAUAAAUUUAAAGCGGGGGUAGAUACAAUGGAUCAAAUGUUGACUGGCUAUUCGUGCAAACGCUCGACAAACCGUUCGCCACUGGCAAUGUUUUAUAAGAUGCUGGAUAUUGCCGGUUUGGCCUCAUUCAUCAUCUAUGACGAGCUGAAUCCGGCAAAGCAGAGUGAUAAGAGGCGCUCAUUUAUCAUUGAAUUGGUACGGCAGCUAGUUAUUCCACAUAUGACGAAACGGGCGACUAACCCAUUAGUAUGA